GACGAUCAACCAACCGACAAUUCUUGGCUGCACUCUUUAAAACCCACCCCGCCAUCCUCGGGCCUCAAAGAAGCAGCCCACCAUGCCGCCCAAAGGCAAAGCAGCGAACAAGACCAAAGCGUCCGAAACUACCAAACCCACACAGACCACCACCACUACCACCGCCGCCGCUAGCAGCAGCCGCACCACACCCCCAACAACAACAACCAAGCCACCACCACCACCCACCACAACCCCAACCCCCGAAACCGUCCUCGCCCGCUCCGAAGCGCGCUACGCCGCCGCCCGCCCCCACGACGCCCUGCUCCGCCAGAAAGGCGGCUCGCUCUCCGCCGCGCUCUCCCACCCGGAGCAGACCGCCUGGCUGGCCGCGCGCAUCGCCUCGCGCAUCGCCGCACGCCCGGCGCUCUCGUCCGGGUCUUCGACGGCCGCGGGUGCAGGUGCGGUUGGGAAGGUUGCUUGUGGAGGUGGGGUCAAGACGUUGAGGGAGGUUUGGAAGAUUGUUAACGAGGGCGGGUUGGGGCUUAGGGUUGCGAGGGUUAGGAAGUCACCGCCAGGGGGGGAAGUUGGUGUGAGGGAGUUUGAGGCGAAGUGGGAGCGGAAGGUUGUGUUGGGGUGUUUGGAGGUGGAGAGUCGCUGUUUUCGGACGAGGUGGGAGCGUGAAAGGAGGGGUGAGGUUGAGGAGCUGACUGGGGAAUUGGUUGUUGUGACGGAGCAGGAGGCUUUUGAGGAGACUAGGCGGCGGAAAGAGAUGGCGGCGCUGAGGAAGGAGUUGUAUGGGGGUGGUGUGGGUAAAGAAGGGAAGUUGGCGAUGGAUCCGGAGUGGGAUGAUGUUGAGCCGGUGGUGUUGGAGGAGCCGGAGGGCGCGCUGGCGGCGAUCUCGUAUUCUGCUGAUUAUGCUGAGGCGAUGGCCUACCUCCGCGCCGUGAUGCAGGCCAAAGAGCAUUCGCCGCGCUGCCUGCGCCUAACCGAGCAUAUCAUCGGCAUGAACCCGGCGCACUACACCGUCUGGCUGUUCCGCGCGGCCAACGUGUUCGCUCUGAAGCUCCCCAUCCCGGACGAGAUGGCGUGGCUGAACGGCGUGGCCCUAGAAAACCUCAAGAACUACCAAAUCUGGCACCACCGCCACCUCCUGGUAGAAAACUACCACCCCCUCAUCGCCGCCGACCCAUCCGCCGUGGCCGAGUUCGCCGCGGCAGAGCGCAGCUUCCUCCAGAAGAUCCUCGCCGAGGACACCAAGAACUACCACGUGUGGUCGUACCGCUCGUACCUGGUCGGCAAAUUCAACUUAUUCAACGACGGCGAGGAGCUCGCAGCAAUCGAGGCCAUGAUCGACGACGACGUGCGCAACAACUCGGCCUGGUCGCACCGCUUCUUCCUGGGUUUCUCCAACCCGGACUACGCCACGCCCGGCAGCGCCGCCACCGAGGCCGACCCCGGCGUGCCCGCCGUCGUGAUCGACCGCGAGGUCGAGUACGCGCGGGACAAGAUCCGGCUGGCACCGCAGAACCAGAGCGGGUGGAACUACCUGCGCGGCGUGCUGGUCAAGGGCGGGCGGAAGCUGGCGACGGUCGAGGAGUUCGCGAGCGGGUUCGUCAAGGGGCUCGGGGAGGGAGAGGAGGCGGAGGACGUCCAGAGCACGCACGCGCUGGACCUGUUGGCGGAGAUUUACGCCGAGAAGGGGGACAGGGAGAAGGCGGAGUUGAGCUUGACGAGGUUGGGGCAGAAGUGGGAUCGCAUCCGGGUUGGGUAUUGGGAGUGGCGCCGGAAGUGUUUGGAAGUUCCUGCAUAGGGGGCAGGGAGUAGUAAUGCACGGCUGUUUGGUUUUCUCGAGUGUGUUUGUCUUUAGGAUCGUUUGCUACGCAGCGCUAUAUAGGGCAUGCACGGAAAAGGUACUUAGGUAGUUGGGUUUGUCUAUGGCUGCAGGAGUACUGAAGAUGGUAGCAAAGGGUGAGGCAGAGGAGCAAUGGGAGGCAGUCAAUCGUUUGUCAUAUCUGGAAUGCGCCGGAUUCACCAGUGUCACAACCAGCGUUAAGCAUCGUGGUAACGUGCA